AUGCCGCUCUUCGGUAAAAAGGAUUCGAAUAAAAAGAUCAAGAAAGAUGGGAAAGACGAUAAAUCGCCGUCUGUCGAGGACAAAUACAUCCUAAAGGAGUUGCUUGGAACGGGUGCUUUCUCUGAAGUACGUUUGGCAGAAAGUAAAGAAAAGCCUGGUCAAAUGUUUGCUGUGAAAAUCAUUGAUAAAAAAGCAUUGAAAGGAAAAGAGGAUUCUUUAGAAAAUGAAAUUAGAGUGUUGCGAAGGUUAACACAUCCAAAUAUUGUUCAAUUACUGGAAACAUUUGAGGAUAAACACAAAGUUUAUUUAGUUAUGGAAUUGGUUACCGGUGGAGAACUAUUUGAUAGAAUUGUCGAAAAAGGUUCCUAUACAGAGAAAGAUGCAUCAGGUUUAAUAAGACAAGUUUUAGAAGCUGUGGAUUAUAUGCAUGAUCAAGGUGUUGUGCAUAGGGACCUUAAACCUGAAAACCUUUUAUAUUAUAAUCCAGAUGAAGAUAGCAAGAUCAUGAUUAGUGACUUUGGACUGUCAAAAAUGGAAGACUCUGGUAUUAUGGCAACUGCUUGUGGUACUCCAGGAUAUGUUGCUCCAGAAGUCUUAGCACAAAAGCCGUAUGGAAAAGCUGUAGAUGUGUGGAGUAUAGGAGUCAUUUCUUACAUCUUAUUAUGUGGUUAUCCUCCAUUUUAUGACGAAAACGAUGCGAACCUGUUUGCACAAAUUUUAAAAGGUGAAUUUGAAUUUGAUUCGCCGUACUGGGACGAUAUCAGUGAGUCUGCAAAGGAUUUCAUUCACAAAUUGAUGUGCGUCAAUGUCGAGGAGCGCUUUAGUUGCAAACAAGCCCUUGCACAUCCUUGGAUAUCCGGCAAUGCUGCUAGCAAUAAAAAUAUCCAUGGUACUGUAUCUGAACAACUUAAAAAGAAUUUCGCCAAAUCAAGGUGGAAGCAAGCCUACCACGCAGCCACGGUCAUACGUCAAAUGCAACGGCUGGCACUCAACAGCGGCCAACAGCAGCAGGGCCCAGGAUCAACAGGCCCCUCCAGCGGCAACCCCACGCCAUACCCCGAUCAAUCGCAAUCCAACCCCAGUUACCAACCCAGAUCAGUGGAGCCUCCGACCAACCUCAAUUGAAGGAAAUACGCGAGUCACCAUUGCCGGUGUCAAGCUUGGUGGUCUCGAGUCCUAUUCCCAUUCCGAUCACUCCAAAUUCACCAUUAUACUUACGCAACAAACGCUUCAAGCUGUGGGGUAGCACACGCACUGCUCUGUCUACUCUAUUUCAAACGAAUGUAUCGUAUCUUAGAAAGCAAAGAAAGUAUAAGAAAAGCUGAGUCAUGCUAAGAUUCUUCUAAUGAAAAAUAUCAAAGCCGUCAGGUGGCCGUUUAUUCUCUUACCGAGUUAUUAUUUAAAUACUGGUAAGAGUUUGUAUAGAUUCCAGCUAAUUCGCUUUAUUGUGGUCUCCUGUGACAUGGUUGCCACCGAUCGUGUAUAUUACAAAAUUACACACGCUCGCGAGUGCGCGCACAUACACACACUUAAAUGCACGUAUAAACAGCCCGCGCGAUAUAAGGCGAUUUUCCGAAUGUUUCUCGUUUUAUCGUCCCUCUCAGUUUUGUUGGCUUUGUUUCGACAAUUUCUAAAUAGAUCUUCUCACUUUGUUAGUAUAUAUUUCACAGUAGAAUUAAAUCCCGUAGCCAUCAAUAGUGAUUUUAAAUGACGAUAUGUCAACAGCAUUGAUUUGAUCAAGUAAAGAUGUAGUUAAUGUAUUUAGAUAAACUUAAUGCUAAUUGUGAAAUCUUGUAACGCAAGAAAGAUCUUGCUCGAUCAAAUCUGCUAAAUGUAUAAAGAAAGAAAAAAAAAGAAACUAUGUGAACAGUACAACGACAAGUUUUUAUCUUUUAUAAGGUUUGGUGUAAUGAAUAGUAGUUGUUUAGAUGAUUUUUUGCUAUGUGAACAUCUUACUAUAUUCUGGCUAAAUAUGUUUUAAAUUCCAUAAAAACCGAUACGCAGCUUUUUACCCGGUACUUAUUCGAAUGAAUGAUAUGGCCGAAUAUAUCUUUUGAAACAGCGUUUUUUCAAGAAGCACGAAACAAAAGACAAAUUAAGUAAGUUUUUGUAAGACAGAUCACUCCGAAUGAGGAGAAGAAAAGAAUUCUUGCCAUAUGGAAUCGUGUUGUGAGACUGUAUGAGAUCUGAUUUUUAUCAAUAUUUGUUUUUAUAUUUCCCUCAAUGAUUACUAUACAUGUUUUAUUUUAUGACAAAUGCAAACAUUUAUAUACGAGUCAUGUACAGUACACUGUAUUGCAAGAUAUGUACAUUGUGUACACAGAUACUUGUUCUGUUACAUAGUGAUAUUAGUACAUUUUAAGAACUGCAAAACAGAGAUCUACUAAUUAGAUUUAAUAUGUAUAUACAUACGUGUAUAUUGCUCUACUGAUAUUUUUAUCGAUAUGUUGCACUGAAAUUUAAUGGAAAAUGUACAUAAUUCAUACACGAUUCCCCAAUUAUCUCUUUGCAAGAUGCAAAUAUAAAAAGCAUAUUAUAUAAUGUCGAAUUUUUCACUUUUUUAUAAUAUUUUUUAAAGACAAUUAUAUUUUUAUACGCUUUGCAAUUUCUUCUGAUCUACUUGUUUUUAUUGUAUUUUUAUUCUAUUAAAAAAGCAUUAAUCAUUAUUGUCCUUCAAAUAAUGCAUAGAAUCAAAUUGGCUCAUCUUCGGAGAAAGUAGAAAGCACAAAUCUAAUUAGAUAAGAGCUAACGAUUUAUAUAUUUUGCUGUGUUAUAAAAGAAUGUACAUAUUAUUUUUAUAUGUUACGUUCCUUGAUGUAAAUGUGUAAGUACUUUCAAUGUGCUAUGAAUAGUUCAAUACAAAUAUUUUUGUAUUUAAUAUUUUGUUGUAGAUUACAGCGAUUAUAUAUCAUUGCAUAAGUUCCAAAAGAAAGAAUUGAAAUAUAAUCUAGCUAUUUAUAUUUGUAUCUUUUUAUAAUGUGAAGAAUCAGUGAAUCAUAUACAGUACUCAGUAUUUGAAUUACAACAGGUACUUCAACGAAAUGUUCGGAAAUACUUUUAGUAUUUGGUGGUAUUUCUUUAUUUUUUUACAAAUAAUUGCAGAUAAGUGCAAUACCGUAUAUAUCGUAAUCUUGUGAUAAUGAUGUUACUGUGGUCUCUUACUCAAUGGUAUAUCGAUAUAAAGAUAUUAAUACUAAUAAAUAUUGAGAAUUUUCAUUGAAAUAGGAUAUAAAAUUUCUCUCAAUUGGAAAUGUAUCAAAUAUUAAUUUUUCACGAUGAUGAUGAUCAAAUUCCACGUUUUAUUAUAUAGAUGGGAAAAAUACAUUAUGUAUUAAUAUGCGGAAAAUUGUAUCAACAAAAUUCUAUGUUUUUUCAGUGUCCUUUUGAAAUAAAUCUAAAUUGUACUCAAUGAAAUCUAGAAAGAUCAUAUAUAUAUUACAUACAUACUAUGAUAGAGAAAAUUAUUGCUGUUUAUCGAGCGGGCACUCCUUUUGUCAUAAAUUGCUAUCUCUUUAUCUUUAAACAAUAAAUAUAAUAAUCACUCUGAACUCUCAUAUUAGACAUCCGUCCGUGUACCGGGCACUAUUCGUGUAAUUCAUAACUAUAUAAAAAAGGGAUUCGUGUUAACGCUACAUAAUAAUUUUGAAAUCGAUAAUAAUUAUAUUAAUUAUAAGAUAGACAUUGUUCUAAUAAAAUUAAACAAACUACAUAUAAAUUGAUUUAGAACACGACGUAUAUGAUGGAAGUUAAGAUACAUACAAUGAUCAUCAUUUUGUUUCUUGUCGAAACAUUGUAGUAUCAAAAAUUUCAAUUGAUAAACAGGUCUUUCAUUGCGCAAAAAAUAACGCACCAUUCUAAAGUGCCUUGGAUGACACGAUGAUGGAAUGUCAGAUAAAUAAAUUCAAAAAUAUGUUACUCGAUGAUUAGAAUCAGAUAUCAUUUAUCUUUUAUUUAGAAAAUAGGUUUCUAUUUCUAUAUCCUAAUCUAAAUAUUUAUUUGCAUUAUAAUAUCUCACAAAAAAAUAUUUGAAUUCAGAUAUUUAAUAAAAUUACGUAAUUUUAUUGUAAUUUUUUUAUAACCAGCAUCGUGUCAUCUAAUAAGAAAGGUUCGUUAAUAAACAUUUUUUUACGCUAAAUAUAUUGUGCAUAUGAGCUUGUAACUUAAAAAUUCUAGAAGGAAAUAAAAGAAAAGGAGCUUAGCUUGUAUUUAGAAACGAAUUAUAAAAAAAGAGAAGAAAACGAUAAAACCGUGCCACAUGAAUAAACAUAUCGGCAGGAAUAUUGCAAAAUGUGAUUAUAAAAAUAAGCUGAUUUUAAAUA